AUGCCCGGACCCAAUACCCACGUUCACAGCGGCAACUCCCUCCCAAGCCUCCCAGAAGAACAUAACACGGGGUCGGGUACUGAAAACACAACGCCCCCUGGUGCACGAUCCCCACCUCCAAGGCGCCGUACAUCCCGCGCAGCACACCUUGGUCUCGCCUCCCUCUCGCUCAACGACCCUAACCACAACCAUACCUCUUACAACACCUACGGGGGAUCCUACCGUCUCUCGUCUAAAAGCCCGCGUUUCAACAUGCCAGCCGCACACGACGCCCGAGCACGAACACCUCGCCCGAGGAACAAAUCAUUCGGGAUGCGCAACCCCGCUGAACUAGCCCUCGACUUUAUCAUCGUUGGAGCAGGCAAUGGUCUUGCAACAGGAUUCGCCCUAGCUCAAGCAGGUCAUCGCGUCCAGAUAUUUGAUAGAAACGACGGUAUUCACCAGCGCUCAACGGGAGUGCGCGUCCCGCCCAACCUCUCAAAGAUCCUCGCAGAAUGGGGGCUUCAAGAUGAACUCUUGUCCAAAGCAACCAAGUGCCGAAAGAGCGUCUUCCUCUCGCUCGAAACAAACGAACGUGUAGGCGUAUUGGAAUGGCAAGAAGACGUGAUCAAGGAAACAGGAGGCGACUUUUUCCUCAUGCACUAUGACGACCUCUACUCGAUGCUCUACAACCUCGCCGCCUCAAAGGGUGUCAAAAUCACUUUCAACACCACGAUUACCUCUGUUCAAUUUGAUGCAUCCAAACAACGACCCUUUGUAACGUUAGGCAGUGGAAGCGUCGUGUACGCUGACAUGGUUAUCGGUGCAGACGGCCUCAAGAGUAUCGUGAGGGAAGUUGUAACGGGUGAACAGGAUGCGCCCAAUGAUAGUGGGAUGUGUUAUGUUUCGUUUGUCGUGCCAGCAGAGAAACUCAAAGCUGACCCAGACUGGGGUAAAUGGGUCGGAGUAUCCGAGUGGCCAAUCUGGAUGGGAACAGGUCGUAAUGUCCUCGGAUACCCAAUUCGAAAUGGCCAAGAGUACUGUAUACACGCUUUCCACCCAGACUCGCUCAUCAAGAUCUCGCCGGUGGAGAGAACAUCAGAGUCGUGGACAGAUAUCAUCCCAACAGAUGCCAUCUUACACGAGGACUCGCACCCUAGCAUCCACCGGAUAUUCUCAUCUGUACCCGAUGCCAUUCGCGUCAAGUACAACCCGCGUGAGGCGAUUGACGACUGGGUAGACGAGAGCGGGACGAUCAUGCUUAUUGGGGAAGCCGCUCAUCCCCUGAUGCCAUGCACGAUCCACAACCUCGCUCUGGCAGUGGAAGACGCCGCCGUCCUAGGCGUGCUCCUCUCACACCUUCACUCUCGGCGGCAACUCCCGCAACUCCUCGAAGCAUUCCAAGACCUGCGGUUCUCCCGGAUCCAACAAGCGCACCAAUCCGAAUUGAACAACGCAGGGUUUACGACUCUCCCACCUGGUGAGCAUAGGGAUGCCAGAGAUGCUGGUCUGCGGCAGUCGCUCUUGGCUCCCAGUGCCGAGGGGACGGAGUGGAACGACGAUAGGUUGCGAGAACAGUGGGAGGGAAUCAGUUUUGCUUUUGGGUAUGAUGCACUCGAGGCAGCGGAGGAUUGGUGGCUGAAGUGGGGUGCGUUGGUGGGUGGAGGGCAGACGGAGGCGGUGGAAGUCGCUAUUGAGAAGAUUCAACUCACUUGA